GUCGCUCGACUACAGAAUACUUGUGUGAAUAAUCGUUGAUCUGGAUGCGGCCAUCCUUUUAUUCCUUUCCGCACUGGAGUGGCCGCGGUGUGUCCACUUCAUGGGAUAACAAUGUGCUGCUUUCUGGCUGUAAGAUUUUCAGCAGAUUUUCGGUUGAGUGAUUGGAAAAUGUGGUUUAUGUGACAUUACUUACACGCUGUGUUCAGUGUAUUGUUCUGGUCCUAAACGCAUACCAGCAAUUCUGUGAGAAGAUGUUGAGCCGAUUUAUGAGUGGCAGCAUCAGGAAUCUUGAGAGAGAAUACAACUGCACCGUCAGACUACUGGAUGAUACGGAAUAUACAUGCACAAUUCAGCGGGACGCAAAGGGACAGUAUCUGUUCGACCUCAUCUGCCACCACCUAAAUCUGCUGGAGAAAGACUACUUUGGCAUCAGAUAUGUUGACCCGGACAAGCAGAGGCAUUGGUUGGAGUUUACAAAGUGUAUUGCCAAACAAAUGAAAUCCCAACCUCCCUUCACCAUGUGUCUGAGAGUCAAGUUCUACCCCCCUGACCCCGCGGCUCUGAAGGAGGAAAUCACCAGAUAUCUAGUGUUCCUGCAGAUCAAAAGAGAUCUCUACCAUGGCCGCCUCCUGUGCAAGACAUCGGACGCUGCCUUGCUGGCUGCUUACAUCCUUCAGGCUGAGAUCGGGGACUAUGACCCAGGGAAACACCCGGAAGGAUACAGCUCCAAGUUCCAGUUCUUUCCCAAACACUCGGAGAAGCUGGAGCGAAGGAUUGCAGAGAUACACAAGACGGAGCUGAUCGGACAGACACCUGAAACGUCAGAGCUGAAUUUCCUGCAGAAAGCCCAGAUGCUAGAGACAUACGGUGUGGACCCGCAUCCAUGCAAGGAUGUUUCUGGAAACCCAGCCUUCCUUGCCUUCACACCGUUUGGAUUUGUCGUGCUACAGGGGAACAAGAGGGUUCACUUUCUUGAAUGGAACGAGGUGACCAAACUCAAGUUUGAAGGGAAGACAUUCCAUACAUAUGCAUCGCAGAGAGAGGAUCAAAAGUUCAUCUUGACCUACUUUGCACCGUCACCUGAGGCCUGCAAGCACCUGUGGAAGUGUGGAGUAGAGAACCAAGCCUUUUACAAACUGGACAAGUCAAGUCAGGUGCGGACGGUGUCAAGCAGCAACCUGUUCUUCAAGGGCAGUCGCUUCCGUUACAGUGGACGAGUGGCAAAAGAAGUGAUGGAGCAGAGCGCCAAAAUCAAGCGAGAGCCUCCAGAGAUACACAGGGCUGGACUGGUUCCGAGCAGAAGUUGUCCAUCCAUCACUCACGGCCCUCGCCUCACUAGUGUACCGAGGACUCGCAGGAGAGCCGUCCACAUAUCUAUCAUGGAGGGUCUGGAGUCAUUGCGUGACAGCGCCCACUCCACGCCAGUGCGCUCCAUGUCCCACGGAGACUCCUUCAUGCCACGAUCGCGGAGCCAGGCGACCGAUGCCAGCGAUGGGACGGCGGUUAUCUCCGACGAGGCCUACAGCCCCUCCGACAGCGUCCUGCCUACCCCGGUGUCCGACCACAGUAUGGACCUGGCGGUCUCGCGUCAGAUCAACGGCGCCCCGUGCAGUAUUGAGGAGGAAAAGGAGUCGGAAGCAGGCACCCCAUCAGUGGGGGAAGCAGGCGAGUUGGGAGCUGACAGUAAAGCAGCACUAGAAGGCCAAGGGGGGUCUUCGGCACUCAGCGAGGUGGAACAGGUGAAUAAGUUUGUUUUAAGUGUCCUCCGUUUGCUCCUUGUGACCAUUGGACUCCUCUUUGUCUUGCUCCUCCUCCUCAUCGUCCUCACCGAGUCCGACCUUGACGUUGCAUUUUUACGUGAUAUCCGCCAAACCCCCGAAUUUGAGCAGUUCCAUUACGAAUACUUUUGUCCCCUCAGGCGGUGGUUUGCCUGCAAGCUCCGCUGGGUGGGCGAGUUGCUCAUUAACAAGUGAGAGUGAGGCCGUAGCACGCGUAGCCCGUUCGGGGGUUUGAGAAGACCAUUAGGACUCCAGAGAGGAGAGCAAGCUCUUCCCAGCCAUGAACCCAGCUUCUCUCAUGAUAUGCUGCAGACAUAUCCCUCGGACCACUCCUGGUAACACUGGGCUAGGAGCUCUCUCUCUCUUUUUCUUCAUUUUUUGAGUUCCCCCUUCUUUUUUCCUAUUACGUUUUGUUUGUUUUUUACAAAGCCAGAUGACAUUUUUGCAUUUUUUUAAUUUCAGGUCAUUUCAGGUAUUUUAUUUUUUCAGAAAAUAUAAACGAAAAAAUACAAAACUGAAAUCAAAGACUGAAGUAUUUUAAACAGUUCCUUUUAGGAACAAGACAUUAAGUUGCAUCAAAUGAAACUUGCCUUCAUUCAAUAUUUAUUGUAUUUAACAGAAGUUUGCGUAAGGAAAGAAUGUGAUGGAAAGUUCAGAGAAUCAGGGAAGUUGCAAAACCAUAGAAAUCCUUCACAACAAAGUGAGAGAAAAAUUCACUUUGUAAUGUGUAUGCAGAUGAAAAAGCAUCCAUCACAACCACAAUUCAACUCAAUGCUUUAGUUCAACAAAAGUAGGCCAGAAAACCUGAAGAAAUGAAAACAAUCUAGGUGACAUCUAUGAAAGUGCAAGUUAUUGUUAUGAGUGUGGUCAGGGUGACAAUGCCAAAUGCCUUUUAUGGAAAAAGAAAAUGUUAAUGACUGAAGAAAGUUUUUAAUUAUGUGAAUUGUUUUUAAGAAAGUCAAUGAUACUUUAGUAUAAAUGAUGUACAAAGUAGAAGCUGUGAAGUUCAGAUCCGUUUUUUAAAGUUUUAUAAGGGAUACAGUUAAAUAAAGCAGUAACAAUGUUGUGCGACCCAAUAGUGUCAGCAACUGUUAGAGAAGUGUUCAUGCUCAAAUUCUUGCAACCCCUCGGCACCAAUAGAAUCAGUCUAAAUACUGUAGAUGUGCAAUACUACUAUUGUUUUAAUACUUCAGUACUUUUAAAUGUGCACAUGUGUUUAAUCAUAUUUCUUUAUUUUAUUUUAUUCACUUUUCUUGGUUAUUGUUAUGAAUUAGAAAGAUUUCUUUAUAUUAAAAAAAUCGAUUUCUUUCAGUUCCAUAUGAGCCUUGCUCUUAAGUUUGUGAAUACCAUACUAUAAUUGAUUGUUAGAAAAAUAACAAUAAUGUACUUUUUGUACAAAGUAGUUUGUUUCCUAAUAUAUUGACAGUUUUCCAUGUAUAUUUUAACAGAACUGAAAUGUUAUUUUGUUAUUGAAGAUUAAAUUAUACCUUUUUUAGAGCUGUUUCAAGUUAGGUCAAGCCUUUGUGGAAAUAUUGAAAGAGGGUCUUGAAAACAGGGCUUUUAUCCUGAUCCACACUCCACUGAUCCCACCUCUCCCUCUCCACCAGCAGCUACAGUUUCUUCACAGUAUGCAAAUAUUUUUCAUCAUCAAGAAACACCUUUAAUGGCCCAAUUUGGAAAAGCAAGGCACAGCAGAUGGUUGGCAAACAGUAUAUUGUCUAAACUGUAGACCUGACCCUAGUAUCAACUACCACAAAAAUCUGGGUGUCUAAAAUGUGUUAAUACCUUUUCACAUUACAAUACAUAAGUCUUAUUCUGUAGUUUGGGGGUCAGAUGGCUGAGCGGUGAGGGAAUCGGGCUAUUAAUCAGAAGGUUGCCAGUUUGAUUCCCGGCCGUGCAAAAUGACGCUGUGUCCUUGGGCAAGGCUCUUCACCCUACUUGCCUCGGGGGGAAUGUCCCUGUACUUACUGUAAGUCGCUCUGGAUAAGAGCGUCUGCUAAAUGACUAAAUGUAAAUGUAGUUUGAGACUGUGAUGGUGCAGAUUAUUUUGCCUCGAUUGAAGGAGCAAUAAUUCUGCUGUAAUAGCUGCUGGAUUCUGGGUAAAACCUGUUUCAUGUAUCCUGUGCCUGGUACAGGUAUAGCUGAGCUUGUUUGUGACUGUAUGUUGGGAAAUAACAAAAGUUUUAGUUGGUAAUAAGAAGAGUUGACAGAUAAUGAAAGAGGAAGAUCUUAUUUUUGGACAAAUAAGAAAAAAAGUAUACGGGCAGAGUGUAAAAGAGGUAGGGUUACAGAGGAUGUCAGAAGAAGGGAUUUUUGAGAAACUUUGAUAGUGACCAGAGAGAGAGAAGUCAAGACGGCACAUACUGUACGUGAGCUCCUGGUGGCUCGUGACCUUAUUGGCUAUGCAGCAUUGCCUGUUUUGGCUUGUUAUUUAACACCGUAACUCCUACACAGCUGCUCCACUGAGCUCCCAGUGGUGCUGUCUGCUCUGGGGAGACCAGCCUGCUACCACAUUAGUCGACUCCAAGCUCCAUGAAUACAGAUCACAACUUUAAGUGUCAUACUCAUUCAUGGAUACAGAUUUACAGUACAGCUGAAGAGAGCCACAACCUUAUUUAUAUUUUACUGACACACAAAGACAGCUGAUAAACUAACAGGGAUAACAACUUAAAGAAACAUUUUAAGAUAGACACUGUAAAAUAUAAAAACAAACUUUAAGAGUUUGUUCAUUUUAUGUAAUUAUCACAUGUUUAUGCUAUAAAAUCAACCAGUUAAGAUUGGAAGCAGAAACUAAAGAUUAGCUAAUUGGAAAGAUAAUCUUUUUUCCUUGGUCUUUUUACUUACCUUACCAUUUUUUUCAGCAUUAUGUAGCAUCAAUGGUCUUUCCAUGCAUGCAACAAACAAGGCAGCAUUAUUCAAUGAGCAAUAAUCAGUAAAAUUGUAGGAGCAUGUGGGCAUGAAUAUAAGUUAAUAUGGAAGUUUUACGUUGGACAUAGUUUUUUGCGUUGUCAGACUGCUUUGAAGAAAUAAUUUCAUUUUCACGGUCCACAAAACACCAGAGUUAUCCAAUUUGGUUGCCUGACAAAUGUGAAAUGAAGACAGCUAACUUUUUCUCAGUAAUUAUAGCAUUGUGUAUUGGUAUUUAUUUAUUGUUAGUGCUCUUGGUGAGAUUGUACCUGUAAAAGUUAACAACUAAACAGUACUUCAGCGUGACCAAGGGGUUGUUCCCUGUGCCUCUUGUACAGUACAUCACCAAAGGGGCAAAUAAGAGAAUGGAGAGAGAAAUGCAGAGGAUCUAUACAAGGUAUGGGCUAAACCCUUUAAUUUCACUACUUUUAAAGGGAAACCACUGUUUUGUCCCAUAUAGAGUUUGUUCAGUAAUGUUGGGUGGAUGAGUCUGAACUUGUAGGUUAUAGAUUAUUGGGUGGGGACUUACAACAAUGUCUUAUGUCCAGGUGAAGAUGUUUGCUGUAUCUGUCUUAAUUUUUCUGUAAAGGAAUAUUGCAGCAGAAAAACCUUGAAUCAUUGUUAACAUCUUGGUCUGGUGUCAUGUUUACAUUUCUUUAACUGAUCUCUCAUGCGAACUGACAGUGUGCUUAUUAGUAGUAGGCCUAUGUUUCUGACUAGCUGGUCGUGAGUUAGACAAUAGCACUGAUUUUGGACAUGGACCCUUAGAUUAACUUUAUAGGUUCAUUUUAAAUUGAACUACCUUGGAAAUCCAUGAAAUGUACAUUCAAAGGGGAACGUUGUUAAAUGCUGGUGCACUUAUAAAAGCAAGUAUUUGGAGUAAAUUUACAAAUGUGAUCAUAACGCAAAGUUACAAAACAUUUAACUAAGCAUCUAUUGAUGCUUUUCAGUCAUACAAUACCAAUGCAACAUAUUGACAGAGAACACAGCUACCCAGCUGAGGGGUUAAGUCCUAAUGAUAGUCACCUUAUAGGCUUUUGCCCCACUCUUGCCAGCUUCCCAACAGAUUCUCACACAACUGUGCAUAUACAUGUAAAUAUGUGUAUAUGCAUAUCAGUGUCUGUAGGCGUUUUGUGUACUCCUGUAUCCUGCAUCUUUCUAUUGGAGGUUGCUGUUUAUUUACAUAAUAUAUAAAUAUACAAAUAUAUAGAAAUCCAUGUGCCAAAUCCAGUUUUUGUUCAGUCCGAUCCAUUCCAAAACCCAAGUUUGUACUGUAGGAAACCUUCUGUACAAAUCAGUAUGAAAUAUUGUUUCUCUCUGAUAGUCCCUUGUAACUGGUGCCAAUAAACUAUUCAAACUUGAAAUAAACAUUGAAUAAAAAUGUGA